AUGUCGAAGCUCAAAUGGAUUCUCAACAAAGCUGCCGUCUCCAGCGAGCCGGGGCUGUCAAAUGCCCAGAUGAUGUUGACAAAUGACGAUUUGAGGCCAGUUGAACCCGAACGUCGUCAAUGGAGAUGGUUGAACUAUAUCGCAUUCUGGAUUGCGGACUCACUGAACAUUAACACAUGGAUGAUCUCCUCCUCUAUGAUCGUCGAUGGCCUAUCCUGGUGGCAGUCAUGGCUCUGUGUUUGGAUUGGAUAUUUCAUUGCCGCAACCUUCGUUUGCCUCACCGGUCGCAUCGGUGCCGUCUAUCAUAUUUCCUUCCCAGUGACCGUACGAGCUUCAUUUGGCAUCUGGGGUUCUUUCUGGCCCGUGAUCAACCGUGUCGUCAUGGCUAUUAUCUGGUAUGGUGUGCAGAGUUAUAUUGGAGGCGAAUGUGUGACUUUGAUGAUCGAGGCUAUCUGGCCCAGUUACAAGAACCUGCACAAUGGACUUUCUGCCAGUGCUGGCGUUGACACCAAGAACUUCCUCAGCUUCUUCCUGUUCUGGCUGCUUUCCCUCCCAGCUCUCUGGUUCCCAGUUCACAAGGUGCGACACUUGUUCACCGUCAAGGCGAUCUACUCGCCCAUCGCCGCCAUUGCCUUCUUCGCUUGGGCCAUCUCGCGGGCGCACGGUAUCGGUCCAGUCGUCCACCAGGGCAGCACCGUGCACGGCAGCACACUGGCCUGGGUCUUCGUGAAAGGAGUCAUGAGCUGUAUCGGAAACUUUGCUGCUCUGAUCAUGAACGACCCUGACUUUUCGCGUUUUGCUCGGAAACCCAAGGACGCGCUGUGGUCGCAGCUUCUUACUAUUCCCAUCGGGUUCGGUAUUACUUCCUUCAUUGGCAUUAUCGUGUCCUCUUCGUCGGCGGUCAUCUACAAGGGCGAUCCAAUCUGGAACCCUCUUGACCUGCUUGGCAUGUUCCUCGAAGGCGCGAGCUCUGGCCAGCGUUUCGGCAUCUUCAUCAUUGCCACUGGAUUUGCCCUUGCACAGCUGGGAACGAAUAUCUCAGCCAACUCUGUCUCCGCCGGAACAGACUUGACUGCCCUCAUGCCACGAUAUCUGAACAUCCGCCGGGGCAGUUACAUCUGCGCUGCCAUCGGCCUAGCCAUGUGCCCGUGGAACCUAGUAGCAUCAUCCAACCAAUUCACAACCUACCUAUCCGCCUACUCCCUCUUCCUCUCCGCCAUCGCCGGUGUCAUAAUCUGCGACUACUACGUCGUCCGCAAAGGGUACCUCGACAUAAAAGCCCUCUACAGCGGCCGUAAAACAGACCCCUACUACUACACGCUCGGCUUCUCCUGGCGUGCCUACGCCGCCUACAUCGCCGGCAUCCUAAUCAACAUCGUCGGCUUCGCCGGCGCCGUGGGCCGCCAAGUCCCCGUCGGCGCGCAGUACAUCUACAACAUCAACUAUUUCACCGGCGUGAUUGUGUCCGGGGGCAUGUACUGGAUUUUAACUCAUUUCUUCCCCGUGCCGGCGACUAGUGACCGGUGGAAUGAGGUUGACAUUGAUGAUGUUGAUGAGUAUGGGGUGGCGUAUGGGCGGCCGAUUAGUGAUGAGGAGGAGAAUACGGGGUAUGAUCGUCGGUCGAUUGCGGAUUCGUUGCCGCCGGAUGAGCAGAAGAAGGGGGUUAAUACUUCUGCGAAGAGGAUCUGA